AUGGAUAGAAACCAGAUUGCAAACAAAUUAAAUGAUUAUUUUGUUAAUAUUGGUCCCUCACUUGCACUCGGGGUGGAAGAAAAUCAUCAUACCUCUGCUGGUGCGACAAAUCGUGGUAAUUUAGAAUGUAACACAACUUUUUGUUUUUCUGAUAUAAGUGUUCAUCAAGUUCUAAACAACUUAAAACAACUAGUAACAUCCAAAGCUACUGGCGUAGACAAAAUUCCAGCUAAAGUUCUUAAAUUAUCUGCAGAUAUAAUUGCACCAUCUCUGACAACAAUCUUUAACCAAUCUCUACAUACUGGCAUAUUUGUCAAUGACUGGAAAUUAGCAUGUGUGCAACCGAUUUAUAAAUCUGAGGAUAGAAGCAAAU